AUGGUGGCAGUGUGGUCACCUUCCCUGGGUUGGCUUGGCCUGGUUUUUUUUGGGGGGCUUUCUUUUGACAUGCUCGUCUGCUCUCCCGAAGGAAUGGACCACCGCCACGGCACCCACAGGAGGGAAGUCGGGGGGGGGGUUGGGGAGUUGGAGGAUGGAAGGAUGAUGGGGGGGGCAGGGUUGGUGCUCAGUAUCCGCGGGGCACAGGAGGAGGAGCCCCCAGACCCUCAGCUGAUGCGUCUGGACAACAUGCUUCUGGCGGAGGGCGUGUCGGGGCCGGAGAAGGGCGGCGGGUCAGCGGCUGCGGCGGCGGCUGCAGCGGCCUCUGGAGGGGGUCCCGGCUCAGACAACUCAGCGGAGCACUCGGACUACAGGGCCAAACUGUCCCAGAUCAGACAGAUCUACCACACAGAGCUGGAGAAGUACGAGCAGGCGUGUAACGAGUUCACCACCCACGUCAUGAACCUGUUGAGGGAGCAGUCUCGCACUCGUCCCAUUUCGCCCAAAGAAAUCGAGCGCAUGGUCGGCAUCAUCCACCGGAAGUUCAGCUCCAUCCAGAUGCAGCUGAAGCAGAGCACGUGUGAGGCCGUCAUGAUCCUGCGCUCACGCUUCCUCGACGCCAGACGAAAAAGGCGGAAUUUCAAUAAGCAGGCGACAGAGAUCCUGAAUGAAUAUUUCUACUCCCAUCUCAGUAACCCGUAUCCCAGUGAGGAGGCCAAGGAGGAGCUGGCCAAGAAGUGCGCCAUCACAGUCGCCCAGGUUUCCAACUGGUUUGGGAAUAAAAGAAUCAGAUACAAGAAAAACAUUGGUAAGUUCCAGGAGGAAGCCAACAUGUACGCUGCGAGAACUGCCGUCAGUGCGGCUAACGCGUCCUCACACGGGAGCCAAGCAAAUUCACCCUCCACUCCGAAUUCUGCAGGUUCUGGUGCCUCUUUUAACAUGUCCAACUCGGGCGACUUGUUCAUGACCGUGCAGUCUCUGAACGGGGACUCCUACCAGCCAGCACAGGUGGGGGCCAACGUGCAGUCACAGGUGGAUACCCUUCGCCAUGUUAUCAGUCAGACAGGCGGAUACAGUGAAGCGCUCUCAGCCUCCCAGAUGUACAGUCCGCAGGCCAUCAACGCAAACGGCGGCUGGCAGGACGCGCCCACCCCCUCCUCCGUCACUUCGCCCACAGAAGGUCCCGGCAGCGUUCACUCGGACACCUCCAACUGA